CCCUGCUAAUGUGCUGACCAGUCGCUAUGGGCAGACGGUACCCGGAGGCUCCCUGUCACCCAGGCAGCUCAUAUUUCAAGUUAUAACCUAGUUCCUGCACCACUGCUGGCGACCCGUGACCCAUGUCAGAAGUACUUCCAGCUGACUCGGGUGUAGACACUGUGGCAGGGUUUAUGGCCAGCAGCGGAGCCACAGACAUCACAAAUCGAAACAGCCCGGCCACACCACCAAAUACCCUUCAUCUCCGUUCCUCCCACAAUGAACUGUUGAAUGCAGAGAUAAAACACACCGAAACCAAGAACAGCACGCCCCCCAAAUGCAGGAAAAAAUAUGCACUAACUAACAUCCAGGUGGCGAUGGGCCUCUCCGAUCCAGCUGCACAGCCCCUGCUGGGAAACGGCUCUGCCAACAUCAAGCUGGUGAAAAAUGGGGAGAACCAGCUCCGGAAAGCUGCAGAACAAGGACAGCAGGACCCCAACAAAAACGUCAGCCCCACGGCGGUCAUCAACAUAACUUCUGAGAAGUUAGAGGGCAAAGAACCCCACCCGCGUGAUUCCUCAGGCUGUGAAAUUUUACCCUCCCAACCCCGGAGAACCAAGAGCUUCCUAAAUUACUAUGCAGACCUGGAAACCUCAGCCAGAGACCUAGAGCAGAACUCGGGCAACCAGCACGGGGCUGUGGAAGAGAAGUCCCAGCCGGGCCAGGGCCCGGCCUCCACCAUCAUUGGGAAUGGUGAGGUGCUGCUGCAGAAACCAAGCAAAGCCCAGUUCAGCCCUGAAGAUGGUCAAGUGGCCACAGUGUCAUCCAGCCCAGAGACCAAGAAGGAUCAUCCUAAAACAGGGGCCAAAACCGAUUGCGCGCUACACCGGAUCCAGAACCUGGCACCGAGCGAUGAGGAGUCCAGCUGGACAACACUGUCCCAAGACAGCGCCUCACCCAGUUCCCCGGAUGAAACAGCAGAUAUCUGGAGUGAUCACUCCUUCCAGACUGAUCCAGAUUUGCCGCCUGGCUGGAAGAGAAUCAACGACAUCGCUGGGACCUAUUAUUGGCACAUACCCACAGGGACAACUCAGUGGGAACGCCCCGUCUCCAUCCCAGCCGAUCUUCAUGGUUCUAGGAAAGGGUCCCUUAGUUCUGUAACGCCAUCUCCCACCCCAGAGCACGAGGAUUUGCAUGCAGCCACAGUUAACCCGGACCCCAGUUUAAAAGAGUUUGAAGGAGCAACACUCCGCUAUGCAUCUUUGAAACUCAGAAAUGCCCCACGUGCUGAUGAUGAUGAUUCUUGUGGUAUCAAUAGUGACCCAGAAGCCAAGUGUUUUGCUGUGCGCUCUCUGGGAUGGGUGGAAAUGGCAGAGGAGGACCUCGCCCCUGGCAAAAGUAGCGUUGCAGUCAACAACUGUAUCAGGCAGCUUUCUUACUGCAAAAACGACAUCCGGGACACAGUCGGCAUCUGGGGAGAGGGGAAAGACAUGUACCUUAUCCUGGAGAACGACACGCUCAGCCUGGUGGACCCCAUGGACCGCACCGUGCUCCACUCUCAGCCCAUCGCCAGCAUCCGAGUGUGGGGCGUGGGCCGCGACAAUGGCCGAGAUUUUGCUUAUGUAGCAAGAGACAAAGACACAAGAAUUUUGAAAUGUCAUGUGUUUCGAUGUGACACACCAGCAAAAGCCAUCGCCACAAGUCUCCACGAAAUCUGUUCCAAGAUUAUGGCCGAACGGAAGAAUGCCAAAGCCCUGGCCUGCAGCUCCUUACAGGAAAGAGCCAAUGUGAACCUCGACGUGCCCUUGCAAGUAGAUUUUCCGACACCAAAGACUGAGCUGGUGCAGAGGUUCCACGUGUGGUACUUGGGCAUGUUACCCGUCGACAAGCCAGUUGGAAUGGAUACUCUGAACAAUGCCAUAGAAAAUCUUAUGACCUCAUCCAACAAGGAGGAUUGGCCGUCGGUGAACAUGAAUGUGGCCGAUGCUACUGUGACCGUCAUCAGUGAAAAGAAUGAAGAGGAAGUCUUGGUGGAGUGCCGCGUGCGAUUCCUGUCCUUCAUGGGCGUCGGGAAGGAUGUCCAUACGUUUGCCUUCAUCAUGGACACCGGGAACCAACGCUUCGAGUGCCAUGUUUUCUGGUGUGAGCCUAACGCGGGUAACGUGUCGGAGGCUGUGCAGGCCGCCUGCAUGUUACGAUACCAGAAGUGCUUGGUAGCCAGGCCGCCUUCCCAGAAAGUUCGACCACCUCCUCCGCCAGCAGACUCAGUGACCAGACGGGUCACAACCAAUGUAAAACGGGGGGUCUUAUCCCUCAUUGACACUUUGAAACAGAAACGCCCUGUCACAGAGACACCAUAGCUGCGUAUGUUAAAGGAUUCCAGACUACGUCCCUGAAGAUUGAAUAGCUACACUAAAGAAGAUGAACUGAUACCUGGCCUUCCAUUCAGUUGCUGAAGCUUUGUCUUCAGAGAAUUAAUCCUUAACCAAACAGUGUUAGACAAGCAUGUUCUCUCGUCUUGCCACCAUCCUGUGAUAUGAAAAGAAGCAUGACUAAUUUUUUUUGCUAUCAGUCAGAUACAUCCUGAGCAGUGGAAGGUCUUUUUCUUAAUGUAAAUAUGGUGACCAUUACUUGACUUCACACACACGGAGAAGAAUGUGGCCACAGCCCUCCUCGUGAACUAAAGCUGAGUCCUUGGGGUGAACGACGCCGGAGUUAGUUUCAUUGUCUCCUGGACUGGAUCUGUCACAAGCACUUGGCCCCGUGUCCAGCCUUGGAGUAGCCACCGCGUGCCAGAUACCAUUGAAUUGCUGUAAAAAUAGGAUGAGGAGUUUUUGUUUCAGUGUUUCACGAAAUCAGACCCUUUGCUUGACAACACCGGCUGUCGGCAUCAGUACAGAAACCAGCUGGCGGCUUUCCUUGACGAGCUCUUGGACGCACGGACACCAUUUCAGGUCUACAGCUGCUUAUGGGAUGUUGGGGGGGAAAGUGAAACUUCAGAAUUGAAAAGCAUACCAAAUUUGAGCAAUUAAAAUCGGGCAAAAAAAUAGCCUUUCUAGAUGGCUUUCAAACCGAUUAUUUAAAAAAAAAAAAAGGAAAAAGAAAAAUGAAAGAAAAUCAGAACGCAUUUCGGGUGGGACGUAUUUCAAACUACUGCCUUAUAUUGUACAAUGCAGCUAGAGAAUUAUAGUUCACUAUGGCCAUUCUCUACACAAACAACAUUAAAAUGAAA